AAAAAUCAUUUAGUCGCCCCUAAAAAAAUGGCAGCAGCCUUUCCACCAAAAAUGGUAACGGCAACAACCCCCCUCCACGUUUAUGAGAUCCGAUAAAUCCUCCACCAAUCACCAGUGCCAAAUCAGUUCCCUGCCGUGCCUAAUUCACCUUCCCAUCCUUGGCACUAGCGGAUUCGUAGCCUCCAGUCCUUCAGCCUCUCCAUCCGAUUUGGCGCAGAUGCCUCCAGGGAGGAAGGGGCAACGAUGCACAAGGGAAACCCCAGCAGUCGGCUGCCGUGAUCCGGUGACCUCCCCACGAAAUUCCGAAGAUAAAUCACUGAAGGGAACAAAAGGCCAGAGCCACGUAUUCAAGCUGCUAAGUUUGCAUGAGAGGGUGGUAUUCAUGUUUUUUUGUCUUUCUCUUCAAAGCUUUCUCCUGUCGGAAGCAGUUAUCAAGCUUGAUUUCAAGGAAAGUUGUGUGAAGAACAAACUUAAUCGUAAAAAAGUACAGUAUCAACAAUGCACAUGCUCUCAGUCCUACAUUGCAAAGGCUAUUAUAUUGCACAAUUUAACAUGGAAGAAAUGGUAGCAGCACCAUUUCAGGAUGGACAACAACCAAAAUCUCCUACAGAAGUUGUUUCUAAUGUGCUACUGGGCUCCAGUGUGUUCCUACACAAUGUUGGUCUUCAGUCUGCCUUCAAGAAAAGCUCCACAACAACUGUUUCGGCAAUGGCUCAACAACUUCAGGAUGAACUAGAGAUCGAGAAGCAAGAAAAAGAUGGCCUUCAGGAAGAAGUGGAAACCUUGAAGGCUUAAGCACAAGCAUCUCAGGAGACCACUGAUAGUAUGAAGAGGUCGAUGGAAGAAAAUAACAGCCUCCUUCGUCUACUAUUAAGCUUCAAUCGAGGCCAAGUGCCUCCAUCUUAAGUCUGGUUGACCACUAUAGGACCUGCAGCCUUAUGGCUGCUAUAGUGGCUAGCAACAGUAGCUCUAGAUUUGAAGUUAUCGGAUCAUUUUAAAUUAUGCUUAAUGUUUAAUACUUUGAGUUGAAGUUAUUGGAUUUGUUUUGGAUUUUAAGUUAAAGGAUUUGCAGAUAUAUGUUUUAAAGUUAUAUUAUUCUCUGCUAGAUGAAAUAUUUGUGUUGAACAAAUUCAUAUGAUA